GGGGCUUCCGGGGGCGCUGCCCGUGACCAGCACGCACCUGCUUCUUUUCGUCGCACCAUUCCGGUGUCUCCGCACCUCUCCAGCUCCCGCACCCGGGCCCGUGGGCUUCCAGCCCGAGUCGGGUGUCCUGGGUAGCUUGAGGACACGGGGCUGGGCAGGUGCCGAGAGCCUGCGCCUGGCCCCAUCCUGCCGGGCUGAGCCACUCGGAGCCCGAAGCGAGGAGCCUCCGGGAGACUACGUGCGGUCGCCUGCCUCGCUCGCGCCUACGCCUUCUGCUCCUAUUGCUUUCCCAACUGAGCCGAGAACCCGGGGGCGUGUUGACGGGGCCCUGCAAAGCGGGCUGGCUCGCGGCUGCCGCCUGAAGUCCGCGGGGUGCACCUUCCCGCCCAUGGGCUGUGCUGUCACGGACCCUGCAGUCCCCAGCCGGUCGGAGGGCACCCCAUCCUGACGUUCCAGGGUAAAGGGACCAGAGACCGCUGAGUGGCCCCGCCACGACCGCAGCCUUCAGGGCAGCUUUCAGUGCAACACAGGGCCUGCAAAGGGAAGCUUCUCUUGCUUACAGGUCUGCAACUAUCCAUAAACAGUUACACCCGAAUAUGAAUGUGUGCUGAGCCCAGGGAGUCACUUGAGUCAGUGCUAGGAAGACUUGGGAGUCGGGUUGUUGGGGGUUUGUGUCUCAUUAAGUGUGUGUGUGUGGAAACUACCCCGGCACCUAGUGCGGUGCUAGGCAACCAGUAAGCCCUCCCUAAACUUCUUGGUUGGAUGAAUGAGAAGGUAGGUGACUGAGGGAGCAGGGCUAGGUAGCGAGGGCAUCUCUGCUUAUCCCACCCCUGCCUCCCCUGGGCUCCUGCAGACAAAAGUAAUUAGGUUGAGCCUUUAAUCACAGCUGGUUUCACAGGCGGGCAGACAAGGAAAAGCAGAGGAACGCAGAAGUUCUGGGGACACAGCAUGCUGGCUGGUGCUGGCUCACUGGCAGUGCCUCCCUCCACGACCCUCUCCAGCCCCCACCUCUUCCCCGUCAGUAAUCUGCUGUUUUCUUGUCGCCCUCAGGACACUGGGUUCCCUACAAGCCGCCCCAGGCUUAAUGAUUGUCCAGAAGGUGGCUAUAGAGGGAGCCUGGGAGGCUGGGUGGAGGAGGGAGCAGAAAAAGCCUAACUCAGCAGAUCUGGGCACCGAGAGAGCCACCGGCAGGAGCUGUGGUCAGAGGCUCCGGGCCCCGGUCAGUGGGGCCUGCUCCCUUCCACCAUGGCGGCCCAAGGCUACGGCUAUUACCGCACUGUGAUCUUCUCAGCCAUGUUCGGAGGCUACAGCCUGUACUACUUCAACCGCAAGACCUUCUCCUUUGUCAUGCCAUCAUUGGUGGAGGAGAUCCCUCUGGACAAGGAUGACUUGGGGCUCAUCACUAGCAGCCAGGCGGCAGCCUAUGCCAUCAGCAAGUUUGUGAGCGGGGUCCUGUCUGACCGGAUGAGUGCUCGCUGGCUCUUCUCUUCGGGGCUGCUCCUGGUGGGCUUGGUCAAUAUAGCGUUUUCCUGGAGCUCCAUGGUACCUGUCUUUGCUGCUCUGUGGUUCCUCAAUGGCCUGGCACAGGGGCUGGGCUGGCCUCCGUGUGGGAAGAUCCUGCGGAAGUGGUUUGAGCCAUCUCAGUUUGGCACUUGGUGGGCCAUCCUGUCUGCCAGCAUGAACCUGGCUGGAGGGCUGGGCCCUAUCCUGGCCACCGUCCUCGCCCAGAGCUAUAGCUGGCGCAGCACGCUGGCCCUGUCGGGGGCCCUCUGUGUGGUGGUCUCCUUCCUCUGCCUCCUGCUCAUCCACAAUGAACCUGCCGAUGUCGGACUCCGAAACUUGGACCCCACCCCCUCCAAGGGCAAGAAGGGCUCCUCGAAGGAGGAGAGCACCUUACAGGACCUGCUGCUGUCCCCCUACCUCUGGGUGCUCUCCACUGGCUACCUUGUGGUAUUUGGAGUAAAGACCUGCUGCACUGACUGGGGCCAAUUCUUCCUUAUCCAGGAGAAAGGACAGUCAGUCCUCGUGGGUAGCUCCUACAUGAGUGCCCUGGAGGUUGGGGGCCUUGUAGGCAGCAUCGCAGCUGGCUACCUGUCUGACCGGGCCAUGGCAAAGGCGAGGCCGUCCAUCUACGGGAACCCUCGCCAUGGCCUGUUGCUGUUCAUGAUGGCUGGCAUGACCGUGUCCAUGUACCUCUUCCGGGUAACUGUGACCAGUGACUCCCCCAAGGAUGUUGCUUUCUGGACUCCAGCUCUUCACCCUCUCGCUGAGCUCACAGGCUUUACGGAGCGUGAGCUCUGGAUCCUGGUGCUGGGAGCUGUGUUUGGUUUCUGUUCUUACGGUCCCAUUGCCUUGUUCGGAGUUAUAGCCAACGAGAGCGCCCCUCCCAACUUGUGCGGCACCUCCCAUGCCAUUGUGGGACUCAUGGCCAAUGUGGGCGGCUUUCUGGCUGGGCUGCCCUUCAGCACCAUUGCCAAGCACUACAGCUGGAGCACAGCCUUCUGGGUGGCUGAAGUGAUCUGUGCAGCCAGCACAGCUGCCUUCUUUCUCCUACGAAACAUCCGCACCAAGAUGGGCCAUGUGCCCAAGAAGGCUGAGUGAAGAGUGUACAGGCUCCAGUGUGUCCUCUCCCACCUGUGGUCUUCCCCCGCACGGGGCUGGGGGGUGGAGGGGGGCAGAGAGAGAAAGGGGGGCUGCUCCGACUAGCACUGAACCUUUGAUUUCCUCUUGUGCGCCUUUUCCCUCGCCCAGGUGGCGCUGGAAGUUAUCAGUGGCUAAUGAGGUCCCAGUUCCCCAUCCUCUGUUCUAUUGAAAAGGCAACUUUUUUUCUCAGACUCCAUUAGCUCCUAUUUUCUGCCUUCAAACAGGAAACCCCUGCUGUCAGGGAGUCCCCUAGACCCUUCUUCCCCUCCUGGGCCCUCCCACGCUGUCCCCAGGAGAGGUGAGGCUCCUCCUGCAGCUGCAGGGCACCAGUAGCCCGUGAUUUCUGCCCUAAGGCCACUUAGCACCGGCCAACUGCUAUUGCCAGUACCUCCGAUUCCUGGGGAGGAGGAGGCCCAUCACGCUCAUGGGUACCCUGCGAAGAUGGCAGGCGGGGCUGGGAGGGAGGAGAACUUGACACAGAUUAAAACUAGAUUUGAUACUAAACACUA